AUUAUUUUGCAAAAUUCUUUCUUUGUACGCACUCAAACAAAUUUACGGAACAUCUGAGGGAGGGAGAGUAAUUUUUAGAUUCUUGUGGCUUACUGAUAAUUAUAACAUUUUAGUUUAUACUGCAAACGAAUAUUUACGUAUAUUUAAUUGUCGCAAAUAAUGACGUAGACAUUCAUAAAAUUUCAAAACAGCGCAAAAUAUCUGAAGGGAAUAAUCAUGUACAAUAUCAAACCAACAAUGAGAUCCUAAUGGAUAUUAUCGAGACUAUCAAAACAUAUGUUGACGUAUGGGCCAUGAUUAUUAUUCCGUGAGGAUUUUUCAAAGAAUAACAAUGUAUAGCUAAGAAAAUGAAAGGCUGACUUAAACACUAGACAAGAGAACAUUCAUCUGUGGAAGUGUUUUCUGGUAAAGAGAGAUUUCAGUCAUACUUAAAAACUGAAGAAGUCUCUCGGAAAACUAAGAAGCCUUUUGGAGAGGAUCGGUGCAGCAAAGUCCACCUGGUUUCGAAACGUGAUCGCCUGUGCAGGCGGAGUGCGCUAUGUCGGUGGUGGAGAGCAACAAGGAGGGCGGCGACGCGGCGCCCGCGACUCUGCUGCAGCCCACCAGCAUGGCCGUGGCGCCCUCGCUAAUGCUCGACCCGGCGCUCUCCGAGAUGUCGGAUGAGCUGUCGCAGUCGCAGUCCCUCUUCUCAGCCUACACUUACCACGAAGACUCUGACGACGCCUACUCACAGGUGCUGAGCGAGCUGGACCUGGUGACCAAGGAGCAGUGGCAGACGCCGGCGUUGGCACCCAUGGUGGGGGUGGGGAUGGGGGUGGGCAUGGCACCGGCCACGUGGCAGCUGACGCGGCCCCCGCCCUUCUGCCCCGAGGUCAUCGGCGACGCGCCGCCAGUCGCUCCGGAAGCCUACACGCAAGAUGGGUGGUGCGACCCAGACAUGGUGGACGGCGUCACGGGCGGCGGCGCGUUGGUGGCGACACCACACGGCACCAUCAACCUGCGCCUGCGCGACCGUGUGCGCGUCGAGAUGACCGUCGAUCAGGCCAUCCGGAUCGUCAGCCUCAAGAACAACAUAUUAUUGGCACUGAGCAGCAGCGGGUCAUCUUCAGCACUGAUCCACCCAAAUGGCUGCGUCUACCAAUACGGCAGCCGCGUCGAGAUCCUCGCCAACGAUGCCAAUGGAAAUUACAAGCUGGCCAAGAUGUGGUACAAGGGAGUAAGCUUCACGUCGGAGAAGUGCGCGCUGGUGUACCUCGUGGACGCGGCCGGCACGCGCACAACCACUGACGUCUUCUCCGACAUGAGCAACGACUUCAGCCUGUCCGUUUUCUAUGACGACUCCUGCCACGGCCUGCCCUACAUCCACGACUGCAUCGCUACGCUUCAGCGGGCGCAGCAUUGGGUCACCGAUGAAGGAAUCUUCCACUGGAUGAUCAACAGCGUGCACAUUUCACAGACACAGGAUGGACUCGUAAGGGUGGCGCGCCACUCCAACAAGUACCAGAUGCGGACGUCGCCUGCCAACGGGACGGCGUCGCUGACCACGCCUUUCGUGCACUGCACCGCCUCGCUGGGACAGUCUUCCCACCUGUUCGUGAAGCGCGGCGAGCGCCGCAUGCACUAUGACGGCUCCAGCUUCAUCGUGCGCAACGCCGGGCAUUCCGCCGGCUUCGACGAGAAGAAUCAGCUCAAGGUCUACUGAGGGCGGUGGCGCGGGACACUAGGGAGGCGGCACACCCUCGGCUUUUCUACGUCUUUUCUAGAAGCGCGUCACCUUUCCAAUAUACACUCUUCACGUAUCAUUUUUACUCGUGUCGCUUUUUUUCCUUUUGUAACUCUUUAUUGUAUACAAAUAUUGUCUCGUUUUGCUUAAACCGUGGAACUUUUUUUCGUGUUUCUUUACACAGUAAAACACUUUUUGUUUUAUUUUUAUUUUUUGGAAGUUGUUUACACUCAGUCGAACAUUCACCUCACUUGUAGCAUGCUUUGGUGAAAUAAUUUGCAACUUUCUCCUCUGAACAGUUUAGCAAAAAUUAAGUCCUUUAUAGACAAUUACGUAUCGUAACCAAGCGACAGUUUGUAGGACCUACCACGUAACAGUAACGAAUAAGUACGUCUCUUUGUCUGAUACGAUACGACUUUUUGUCAAGCUGUAUCAGUCUUUGCUUUUUGUUAGUCAUACACUAAAAAUUUUCGUAACACAUAGCUACACACUGCCUAAAACAUAGUAAUUCUUUAAAAAAAAAUUAACCCAGCUAAUGUGCGCAUUCUUGUCUUUUCAUUCUGUUGUAACAGAUGGGUUUACUUCAUGACUCGAUGUACAAAGUGGAGUUACGGUUUCUAUAUAAAUAUGUAUCCGCCUCCCUAUAAUUUUCCAAAUUACGUAUAUCUUGUCAAUACCGAUGUUUUGAAAAUAGAAAUUUUUCGUUAUUUCGUCGCAUUGUGAGUUAAAAUCUAACCAAAAAUGUUUGUAGUGAUUUGUAUUUUGUUCAAAUGUAGUGAUGUAUUAUGUGUCUUGCAAUAUAAUACAGUAUGAAUUUCAUUCCCUU